AUGGAGGAUCAAACUAAACCAAAACUGAAAUCAAUUUUCUUACCUUUUCUCUCAACAAGUCACAUAAUUCCAUUAGUAGACAUGGCAAGACUCUUUGCACUUCAUGGUGUAGAUGUUACCAUAAUCUCCACAAAAUACAACUCCACCAUUUUUCAAAACUCCAUUAACCUUGAUGCUUCACGUGGUAGAUCCAUUAGAACACACAUCAUCGAUUUCCCAGCUGAAAAAGUUGGUAUCCCAGCAGGAAUAGAAGCUUUCAAUGUCAACACACCAAAAGAAAUGAUCCCAAAAAUCUACAUGGGACUUUACAUUCUUCAACCCGACAUCGAAAAAUUGUUUGAAACACUUCAACCUGAUUUCAUUGUCACUGACAUGUUUUUUCCUUGGUCAGCUGAUGUUGCUAAGAAACUUGGUAUUCCUAGGAUUAUGUUUCAUGGUGCUAGUUACCUUGCUCGUUCUGCUGCACAUUCUGUAGAGGUUUAUAGACCUCAUUUGAAAGCUGAAUCAGAUACUGAUAAAUUCGUUAUACCGGAUUUACCUGAUGAAUUGGAGAUGACAAGAUUGCAAUUACCAGAUUGGCUUCGGAGUCCGAAUCAGUACGCUGAGUUGAUGAAAGUGAUUAAAGAAUCAGAGAAGAAAAGUUUUGGUUCUGUUUUCAAUAGUUUUUAUAAGCUUGAAAGUGAAUAUUAUGAUCAUUACAAGAAAGUUAUGGGAACUAAAAGUUGGGGACUUGGACCUGUUUCUUUAUGGGCUAAUCAAGAUGAUUCAGAUAAAGCUGCAAGAGGGUAUGCAAGGAAAGAAGAAGGUGCAAAAGAAGAAGGGUGGUUGAAAUGGUUGAAUUCAAAACCAGAUGGUUCUGUUUUAUAUGUAAGUUUUGGCAGUAUGAAUAAAUUUCCUUAUUCUCAGUUAGUUGAAAUUGCACAUGCACUUGAAAAUUCAGGUCAUAAUUUCAUUUGGGUUGUUAGAAAAAAUGAAGAAAAUGAAGAAGGUGGUGUUUUUCUUGAAGAGUUUGAGAAGAAAAUGAAAGAAAGUGGAAAAGGCUAUUUGAUUUGGGGAUGGGCACCACAGCUUUUGAUACUUGAGAAUCAUGCAAUUGGAGGGUUAGUGAGUCAUUGUGGUUGGAACACUGUUGUUGAAAGUGUGAAUGUUGGGUUACCAACAGUGACAUGGCCUUUAUUUGCUGAACAUUUUUUCAAUGAGAAACUUGUAGUUGAUGUGUUGAAAAUUGGUGUUCCUGUGGGAGCUAAAGAAUGGAGGAAUUGGAAUGAGUUUGGGAGUGAGGUUGUGAAAAGGGAAGAUAUUGGGAAUGCUAUUAGGUUGAUGAUGGAAGGUGGUGAGGAAGAAGUUGCUAUGAGGAAAAGAGUUAAGGAGUUGAGUGUUGAAGCUAAGAAAGCAAUUAAAGUUGGUGGCUCUUCUUAUAAUAAUAUGGUGGAAUUGAUUCAAGAGCUUAGAUCAAUUAAACUUGCUAAGGUUUAAGCUUAGAAUAAGUUGCUACUAAAAUUCACUUUUUUGUUUUGUUAAAUGUUUGUCUUUCUUUUGUUUAUCCUAUGAAUGAAAUUGUGAGGAAAUGUAAUGUGUUGCAACUUACGAGAAGGUAAUAAAUGAAGAUGUACUUUUUUUACAAUGUGUGUGAUAACUGGAAUAAUGAAAGGCAUACAACAGUAUUUGCUAUA